CCAGCUCUCGGACUCCUCACAUUAAUCUGAGUGCUGUGUACAUUGACGCUCGGGUCCGACAGCCUGCCUACCUAGCGAACUCGGGUCCGCACGUAUAGGCUCCCACAAUCCGUCUUAGUAGAGUAUUAACAUUUCCAUGCAAUGUAUGAAGAAGAGGCAAAGCCAUCCUUUUUCGUUCUCCUUGAGAGCACAUUCCUUCUAUGUCAUCAUCUCCAAAAUGGUUGUAUUCAACAUGUCAUACACGGCGCCCAUCAACCAAAAGGGCCGCCGAUCACUGACAGCCUCCCAGAUCUGGGAAUGUAUCGAACGCAAGGUGCGAAACGCUGAACAGUUUGUCUCUGCCAUCAUCAAUACCGAGAUUCUAUCUGAGUCCGCCACGGAGGUGACCAGGAGAGUGACGUUUGCACCACAUGGUCAUCCGGCUGGUGCAGCAGAGGCAGUGGAAACGUGCCGCAUGUACAAGCCUUGCCGCGUGGAUUUCGUCGCCGCGGAUGGAAGUACCAUCACCAAUGCUGUUAGUGUUGGACCGGGCGGUGAUGAAGAAUUUUACUACACGUAUAUCUUCGAGUGGCACCACCCGGAGAUUGCCGAAGGUACGCCCGAGGCUUCUGCGCAAAGGAUAGCGGAUUGGAAGGUAUGCAGGCGUCGCUUGACAGAGCAUUUUGCGUCGAGUCAUCCCAAACUAAUUUCGCAUAUCUAUGGGUCUUCUCAGACGACCAAGCUCGCAGUCGAGGCGACCAUUGACACCAUGCACCGCUUGGUCGCAGAAGGGGAAGUUGCUUGAGCAGGUGAAUGUGUUGCAACACAAAGUCGCAAAUUCAAAC